AUAAACUCCUUAAUUAAGUUGACAUUUAUAUUAAUGAUACCACCAAGACAGAAGGAAAUAAUAACUUCACACGUACACGAUUUGGAAAAUGUGAACAAAAAACUGGAGGUUCUUAAAGACUCUGUUACUAGGGUUAUACAACGUGCUGUGUUCUGGUUAGAAGAGAAAGACGAGGCCAGCUAUCUAGAGAUAAAACAAUAUUUGUUAGAGAGAAACAGUCGCUUUCUGCAGGCUUGUAUUGAUAUAGCAAGUGACAAUGAAGUAACAGAAGAGAGCCUGAGAGAGGAGUGUGAAGAUAUAAAAUCAUCUUCCCAACCAAAAGUACAAGGACAUAAAACAAAAAGUAUGGACUUAUCACGUAUAGUAGAUUUAGAAAACCAUAUUAGAACUUUCAAUGAGUAUUUUGAAAGAACAGAAGAAAAGCUUUCCAGACUCAAUGAACAAUUUGAAACUUCAUCAAAAACACUUUUAAAGAGAAUUAAACAAUUAGAAAAGAAACACACAGAACAACAAAAACAUAUCCAGGACAUUUCACAGAAACAAGUUAAUGAGGAAACUAAAUAUAACUCAAGUUUUAAUGCAUGUUCUGAAGAACUUCAUCAAGCCAGUGAAUUCAUCCACUUUAAAACUGAAUCUUUAUCUCAGAAACUCAACCAGUGUGAAGAACGCAAUGAAAUAAUCCAGAAAAAGCAAAAUGAAAUUGAAAACAAUUUAAAAACAGAGAUCGAUACUUUAACGAAACAAAUUCAAAGUUGUAAUGACUUGAUUACAACGAAAACUGAAAUUAUUUUUGGAAACAACAAUGAAAAUAAGAAUGAGAUUAUGAAAAUGUGCGAAUCAAAUAAAGAAAAAGAGAAAAAAUUUGAACAAAUUUUAAGAACCCAAGAUGAAAUGAAAACCACUCUGAACCAAACAUCUGAACAUAUUGGAAAAGAACUUGGAAGUUCUAAAAGUAGACUCGAAUGUCUGGAGUCUGAAAAUGAAACGUCGCUAAUCAAAUUAAAUGAGUUGGAGAGAAAUGUCAAAGAUUUGCCCAAAAAAGUUCAAAAACUGAGCAAAGAAAUGGACAACGUUCUAACAACUGUGGCCACGACUUUCAGUUCCAGUGAUUCAGAAAUACAAACUUUGAAUAAGAGUGUCACAGAGAUGGCGACAACUAUAAAUGAGAUGAAGUCCUCUAAUACUACAACUAUUUCGACUUUGCAGAAGAGAAUAGCAAAUAUUGCAACAAAUUUUAUCCAGACAAAAUCGGCCAUCACUAAUCUGGAGACUCAAGUAGAAGAUCUAAAUUGCAGAGUGCUUGAAUGUUCAAGUGAUAUUGUCCAUCUCAGAGCCAUCAAUGAGGCUGAGGCUUUUUGCUUGGAAGUGGCCAGCAUGAAGGAGACAGACAUAAAGAAGGACACAAUAUUAACUCUUUUUAAUCGUGUCGGUAAUGUAACUCUAUCACCUCAUUACAAUAUGUCGACAAGUACGUACACAGUGCCUCACGAUGGGAUAUAUCUCUGUUGUCUGAUGGUUGAAAACUUGACUGAUAUGAAGGUUCAGUUCCAUGUCUAUUAUAAAGAUAAAAGUGGUAAAGAAAGUCCACGCGUCUUUUCUCAAACGCAUCACAAAAAUCUGACGUCUUGUAGUAUAACACCAAUACAUAUGUACAAGGGUGACCAGCUGUAUAUCAAGUCAGCCUUGGACUAUUCACGUUUAAAACUGGGAAAUAAUUCGUUUUUCUCUUGCGUUUUAAUCAAGAAGCUUUGAAAUAUUAACCUUCACUUUCACACACCCCUUACUCUGACCACACAAGAUCUGCUGACUGUCUCUCCCCAUUCCUGCCUGUCUUUAGCGUUGACUAGAAUCUCUUUCAAUGACAGCCUCUUUUUUUUUUAAAUGUUUUAUUCCCUUCCCUUUCUAUUUACCUCUUGUGUUUUCCUGCGGGAAGGUUUUUGCCAGCCCCGAGGACUUCAAGAUAUGGCCAUAAAAAAUAGUUUGCGUUAAUUUUAAUGUUCACAGUGGUCAGCAGGCCAUCCUUUGGCCAUAUUGCCACUGUGAACAUGCUUAAGAUAUCCUCAGUUAUGCUGGAGCUUUAUACCUAGGAUCCUUUUUAAAAAAAAUCUCGAUUCUACAGUAUUUAACAACUUUUCUACUACUUUUUAAAAUUUAAACCAAUACAUUAUUUUACUGCAUAACACCCUCCAUCCAGUUACCUCAAACUUCUUUAUUAAAAUAAUUUUCAAGAUGUUGAAAUGGUAACAGUAUGUUGUUCUGGAUUGAAUUCAUUCUAUUGACGCAAUCCUAAAUUUCGAAGAGAAAUCUGUACAUUGUAAAAGAUGCUCUUUUAAUUGUUUCUGUUCGUCUGUUUGUUCCUUGAAACCUCCACACAACAGAAGUUAAUUGUAUUGUUUCACUAUUGGUGCCUGUCAUACAUUGUAUUUAAACAUUGUUGUUAGAGGAUACCUAAGCAAGAAUCUUUUCAAUAUUUAUUUAGCCAUCACAAUAGCUCUGUAUUCGAUAUUACUCUAACAUACAUUUGUCUCAGUUAUUGAUUCUCAUUUUCCGAGCAUAUUGUACUCGAUGCUCUAUUAUCUAUUUACCUUUAUUGAUACUUAUAAUUGUUCUUCCUAUAUACAUUUCUUGCCUUAACAAACUAUAUUCCUAUGGUUAAUGUUUAACACAGCAUUUUAACUAUCCAAAGAGAAGGGGAAAAGAAAGUUGUAUAUUGUUCUACUUCCAACUGAAAACAAAUCUUUGCUGUCGUAAUCCGAAUAUAUAAAUUGAUAAAAACGUUUUCUUAAGAUUAAAACAUCUGAAUUUUUUUUUUCUGUUUUUAAAAUUCCUUUUCAUUAACUUACAUUUUCUUCAUGGGUCUCAAACAGUUGGAAACUGACUGGAUCUUGGGUGGACUGGUAUCUAGACAGCAGCUCUAACGAUUAUCAUAGAACUUUGACAGUUAAAGUAAUUUAAAAAAAAUAUAAACACUACUGUGUGACCGUUACAUUUUUUUCAAAAUACAAACAUUUAAAAUCAAAUUUUAAAAGAGGCGGGGAUAGGACUGGAAUUUUUAAUUUCGGGUUCCUAUGGCGUCCUGAGUCCACCCAGCUCUAAUGGGCACUUGACAUUUGUUUGGGAAAAGUCAAGGCGGUUGGUCGUUGUGCUGACCACAUGACACACUCGUUACCGUGGGCCCCAGAUGACCUGAAUAUCAUGUGCUCUAUAGAUCACAAGGUCUGUUGUGUGGCUUAAAGAAUGUAAACCGUGGCUGAGAAAUCAUAGACCGAGAGCAGAUGCAGAUCUACUAUAAGAGAUCUUGAAAACUUAGCUCCAAAUACCUCAAUAGAAAAACAAAACGUGUAGUUGUAUUGUAUCAUAUGACUAUGUCGUUGCUUAAUAAAUGAUAUUUCUCAAUAAAUUUUAAUCAAAUUUAAUAAACUUUUUGUAUAGCAUA